UUAUUUAUUUCAUUUGCCGUGUAAAGAAACCAGGUGUCACAAUCAAAUGCACAUAAUACGUUGCUUUAAAAGCGACACAUUAAACAAGAAUUAUAUCAUAAUGACAUUUCCUUUUUUCACCAUUUUGCGCUCAGGAAUCAGGAUUUGCCAUCUUCAUUAUUGCCUAGAGAAGAAAUGCAUUCAAUCUCGUCUUCUUUACCAAAUCCCACAUCGAUGGCAAUGCAUAAUAAGCUAGAAAAACAGGCAAAGGAGAUGAAGAAGAACACCACCACCACCACCACCACCAACAACAACAACAACAACAUGGACGUCAUCAUCACCGUCUAUGUAGAAUCACCAUCACCAUUAAAUACCCAAAUCCCACAUGGAAGCAAUACUGAUCACAUCAAGAAGAUCAAACCAAAACCAACUAAAUCCAAAAACCCUUCAACUUCUUCCAAAGCACAAGGAUAUGAUCGUCGAGCUCAGCUCCUUGCCUAUGCUCAAGAGCUAAGAAAUUCCAAUCCCCAAAAGCUUCAAUGGACCAAAAAUGGCUCAAGGUCUAAAGCUAAGAGCAGUAAAGGUAAUCAAAGAUUAAGCGCUUCAGCUGUGAAACUCCAUCGAAUCAAGAACGGGAAAAGAUAUCAGAGAUUGGUACCGGCAGUGGAUGUAUCUUGCAGUCCCAAUUACAUAUUUCGCAAAAAGAAAAAUGCUUCCAGACGCACUGGGGAAAUUAAGAGGAAUGCUAAAAGGAUUUUGCAGGGAAGAGUAAGAAAAAAUCUGCUGAAACAAAUAUCACGACUGCAUCAAAUAAGCUGGGAUUCAAAAGGAUUUGUGUGAAAAGCUUUAGUUUGAUUUGUUUGUUGUUUUUAAGUGCAUUGUGAUUGCAAAGGAUAUGAUUUUGAUGAGAGUGUCUUUUUAACAUUUUGGAUCCACUAAUUUCUCUAGCAUUUGACUAUUUUUGUUGUGAGAAACCAGUAAGAUCCAUUAUUUUCUCCCAUGUAAACUACCUAGUAUCAAAUGAAUGCACCUCACAGCCUCUUCUAUUUGAAACA